AGAGCCUUCUCGCUAGAGGGCCUUCCUCCUCAAGCUUUCACUGCAGAAGCAUAAGCGUCAAGCCCCAAAUCGCUGGUUUCUCUCUUCUUUUAUCCUGAGAUGGAUAUCGAACAAAAGCAAGCGGAUUUCAUCGAUCACUUCGUCAAGCAAGCCUCUGCUUCCAAGGGUUCGGGACUCGGUUCUGUGGUUGUUGAAGCCACUUCUAACCCUUCCCUCUUCGCUUUCUCUGAGAUUUUGGCCGUCCCUAGUGUUGUAGAGCUUGAAGGAACUGAGCAUUCUGUCUACCUUGACGUGCUACGAUUAUUUGCAUAUGGCACGUGGAGUGAUUAUAAGAGUAAUGCUGGCCGCCUUCCACAAUUGAUACCUGACCAGAUCCUCAAGCUAAAGCAACUCACAGUUCUUACACUAGCUGAGACAAACAAGGUGUUGCCUUAUGACCAUCUAAUGCAGGAAUUAGACGUGACAAAUGUACGUGAACUUGAAGAUUUUCUAAUUAAUGAGUGCAUGUAUGCGGGUAUAGUAAGAGGAAAGCUGGAUCAACUGCGAAGAUGUGUUGAGGUCCAAUUUGCAGCAGGGAGGGACUUGAGACCUGGUCAGCUGGGAAAUAUGAUACAUACACUCUCUAACUGGUUGUCUACGUCAGAUAAUAUGCUUGCUUCAAUUCAAGAAAAGAUAAAAUGGGCUGAUACUAUGAGUGAGUUGGACAAGAAGCACAAGAAGGAUGUGGAAGAAAAGGCGGAAGAAGUGAAGAAGUUAAUUUUCAAGAAGUUGCACACUGUCAGCAGGCCGACAUUGACUUUCGAGGGCAUGAGGAGAUCAACUCUGAAUCUGGUGGAGUGAUGGACUAUGAGGAAGAUCGAAGCCGACCUAAAAGGAGGCGGCAUCCACUAUCUUGAAGAGAGUAGGAGAUAAAGGAGCUCAAUGGAUGGGUGUGUUUAGAAGCUUGCCUGACUUUUAUUCAUGGCAUGCAUCCACUGAGAGAUUAUCCUCUGCUUUUGGAGACAAAUGUUACCUCUUUGAUAGAGCUCUGAUCUGUCCCACCACAAACAUCAUCAUUAUGAGGUAGGGGAGAGAAAAACAAAGGAAAGACUUGUUAUUGGCUUAGAGUUGUAUUUCAGGAUUGUUAGUACUUCUUGAACCAUUCUGUUCCCGUGAAGGUUUUUUGGGCUUGAACCGGCUGAGUUGGUGGUGCGGAUAAUUUUUUCUGGAGCUAGAUUUCUUUUACAUGUUUCAUUCAUAUAUGAUGCUUCUAUUGCUUUGCUACUCACAGCGUUGAAUAUAUCUGCAUGAAGAUAUUUUCCGUGGUGA